UCGUAAGAACUACCAAUCGGUGAGAAGCAAAUUUGUUUUUAGAGUAUUAAUAUUUAGAAUAAAAACGUAACUUCACACAACAUUGACAAACGGAGCUGUGAUCACAAAACAGUCAGCUAUGAGUAAAUCAGUUAAAGACGUGUUCUUGUCAAGGGGUCUGAAUUUUCCCAAAUUCGACACUGUUGAUUCAGAGCCUGCCGACUAUGAACAGCGCCACUAUGAGGCAGCGAAGUGGGUGAGCACUGUUGUCACAGCAAAUGAAGAGAAUGAAGCAGCCAAGAAAGGCUUCUGGAAACUAUUUAACUAUAUACAAGGGAAGAAUGAAAAAGGGACUAAAAUCGAGAUGACCAUUCCUGUUCUAAAACUGGUGACACGUGGAAGCGCCAGCUACACGGUUUCUUUUUUUGUCCCCUUUCUAAACCAGAGCAGCCCCCCCGCCCCCUCUGAAGAGGAAGUCAUCAUUGAGGAAAAGGGGGAGAUGACGGUGUUUGUUAGGUGUUUUGGGGGCUUUGCCAGAGGGGAUAAGAACUCAGGGGAGGCCAGACUACUGGCAGAGAGCCUGAAGCGAGACGGGAAGUCAUUCCAAGAAGACUUCUACUACACCGCUGGUUACGACAGCCCCUUCAAACUGCUCAACAGGCACAAUGAAGUGUGGUACCUGAAGAAAAACUGAGGGGUUAUCUGAUGCACCGGUCCUCCCGCCUACCUCGAGGGGGUGCCAGACCCAGCAUCGUUCUACAAAGAAACAGUUUUGUGAGCAGUUUUGCCUGCAUAGUCAGCUUAUGUUCUUGGAAGUUGAAGGGUGAUGGUGAGGACUGAAUCUGCCUGCUCCUCUCCCAAACUCCCAACACUGCGCUGUGAGGGCAAUUAUAAAAGCUUUUUUUUUUCACUGAAAUGCUUAUAUAAUUGUAAAGUAAAAUGCUUUUCCCCAGACCUUUUAAAGGUUCUAAAAGAUAGGGUCAUUUAGAACGAUGACAAUUACGCACUGUGUCUGGUGGUUUCACAUGCUCUACAUGGUGAAAAUAAUAUGUGUCUUGAAUAAUUACAUUAAUAUAGCAGCCUAGCCUCAGAUUGCCUUUAGAUUAAUAAAGUAUGUUUGUGCAAUUGUAUACUUUUAAGAAGGAUGUCACAAAAGCUGACCAGCAGCCGAUAACUGGCAAUGCCUACAGUACUUUAAAACACUACAACAAUACAACAAGUAAACAUUUGUGUUGCUUUUUUUUAGAAAUUACACACAAGAAUGUGUCACAAACUGAAUGUACUAAUAGUUUACUUAUGUGUUUAAAAAAUGAGUUGUGCUAUGUGUUGUUGCAUUAAUAUCUAUAAUUAAUUCAGCUGAGCCAAUUUUUUUAAAGGCAGUUUUCUUUUGAACAGUGAUAUUAGCUAUUCAUUUGGGAUUCAUGAGUUUGUGGCCAUGUCUGAGCCCAAGCACUCCCAAAAGGCACGUUUAACAAACAAACUACCACAUUUAUGGAAAAUAUUGUUUCAGCUUUGUAAAGAAAAUGCUUCUUUUGUUCAUUUUUAUUUGUCCUGCUUCUUUUUCACAACAGAACUAAAGCUUUUUAUUUUUUUAAUUUGAUUAAACAAAAUGUGUUUCAAAUAUAUUAUGCUGUAUACAAAACUAACGUGUAUAGUACUUGUGUUGUGUUUUUAUGCCUUAGCAAAAUAUACAUUCCAUAUUUUUUAGUGACCCCCCCCCCC